AUGUCUCACGAAUCUGUCUGGUACUCGCGUCCUCGCACCUACGGCAAGGGCAGCAGAGAAUGCGAGGGGGUCAUGGCCGAAGGAGAGAACAUCUGGCUGACAAUUCAUUCUUCUACAGCNCGCGUCUGCACCCACAAGGCUGGUCUCAUCCGCAAGUACGGCCUGAACAUCUGCCGUCAGUGCUUCCGUGAGAAGUCCACCGACAUUGGCUUCGUCAAGCACCGCUAA